UCAAUUGCGCUCAAGAGGAACUGGUUUAAAAUUUCAAAAAUGACCAAUACACAAUUCAAGCGGGACAACGGAGCAUUUUACUGUUCGAAAGUUUAUUUACCAAGGCUACCUUGCAGACGAAUAUUUGACAAUAUCCUUUGUGGUUUUUAUAAUAUCUAUUGUGCAAUAGCUUUUGCUCCAGUAUGAUAAGUGAAUCUGCUGAAACAUUGUUAUCUAUUAAGAAUGGAGGAUAUCCAUCAGUUGAUGAAAUCAAGACCGAAGUGAUGGAUGAUGACACCAUGGAUAUGGAUGAUCAUCAGAUUUCAAAUAAUUCAACUGAUUCUCAUAUGGAAACGGAAGAAUCCGAUCCGAUACCUGAACUUGGACCUGCAGCUUUAGGGCUGCAGAGAGUGGGCACACAACCACCUCCAAAACCAAAUCCUCCUACCCAACCAGUUCAAGUUCUAAAUCGAAGAGGAAUGCCAGCGAGAAUCAGAAAGAAAAAUAAAUUAUUUUAUGAUGACAUAUUGGUUAAUCAUCCUCAUCAUAGAAUCAAGAAGGAUCCGUCGCAUUCAGAUACUAAACAAUCACCAAAAAAGGUACCCAGGCCGUCUCCUGCAAAGAGGCAAAAUAGAAUAGCCCAUGAGCCCAGAAAAAAUAAUAAUAAUGUAUUAAGUCAGCCUUUAUCGACUUCUUUGACACCCAUUAAACAAGCGAAAGAGCCUGAUAAACCAUCGCAACCUGCAUCUCCAGAUCGUAAAAUUGGACAAAAGAUUGGUAUGAGAUUAAGAAACCUAUUAAAAUUACCAAAAGCCCACAAAUGGGUUUGUUACGAAUGGUUCUACAGUAACAUUGAUAAAACUCUUUUUGAGGGUGACAAUGACUUUAUGAUUUGCUUGAAAGAGUCGUUUCCACAAUUAAAAACUCGGAAGUUAACACGCGUUGAGUGGUGUAAAAUAAGAAGAAUGAUGGGCAAACCACGAAGAUGUUCACAGUCCUUUUUUGAAGAGGAGAGACGAGAAUUAGAAAGAAAGAGACAAAAAAUUCGGAUGUUGCAACAAAGAAAAGCUGCAGAUAUUAACAGUUACAAAGAUUUACCACCAGAAAUACCAUUACAGCUAGUAAUAGGUACCAAAGUUACAGCAAGACUGAGAAAACCGCAAGACGGUUUAUUCACGGGUAGCAUUGAUGCUGUGGAUACUAGUAAUAACACUUACAGAAUUACAUUUGAGCGUGCUGGACUUGGAACGCACAGUGUUCCAGAUUAUGAAGUACUGUCAAAUGAGCUACCAGAAACAAUAAGUGUCGCCUCGUUUGCACAAAAGUUUAGACCGCGGCACGUACAAUACGUACCUUCUCCACCAUACGCAAUGAAAUUAAUGUCGCCCCGUUUGAACAGCGAUCCUUUAAUAUCCAAUGCUUCUGUAGCAAUACCAAAAAAAUCCCACAUCGAUGGAACAAUGAAUGGCUAUCCACUAAAAUUGUUGGAGUUCAUGGUUAAAAUAAAUAAAAUAUUGGCGGCGAAGAAAGUGAAGAUUAAAAAAUUGAGGGAGAUGAAUGGUGAGGCCGAGAAGAGACGGUCCUUUGGAGAACCGUUACCACCAGAUUUUGAAAGGCGAUAUGCAGGAAUCGUAGUUGAAUUAGAAAAAAUGAAUACCGCCUUACAAGAUUUUCUUAAUGAAGUUCAAGAGCUAUGUCAAGAAAUGGCCCCUGAACCUAGCGUAGCAGCUAUGUUGGCUCCGUCUCAUCUUCGUGAAAAGUGUAAACAGGAAGCUGCAGACAUGGUUGCGAGAAAUAAUAUUAUAAACGACAAGGAGCCCGGAAAGAUGACACAUUUAGUAACUGAUUUAACAGCUCUCAUGCUUCAAGUAAAGAGUUUAUCUGAUUCAGAUCGUAAUGCAUAUGAAUUAAAGGUAUUGCAAGGCACUAUAGAACAGAUACGUUCGAAAUUGAGUCCGCAAAAUCAACAAGUUUUUCAAAAUUGCGUCGAGAUUCAUAUGCAACAUAUACAAUUAGGUCUUGGACAGAAAGGUGCUUUAACACCAUUCAUGGCUCAGAGGGCUUAGUAAAUAUGAAAGUAUCUAUCGCAGGUACUUUCACAGUGAUUAUUUUCACGAUUGUACAAUAUGAAAUUGAUAUAUAUAUAAAACAUAUUACAAUAUUUUAUAAGAAAAAGUCCAACUUUAUUUUAUUAUCUUUUUGUAUAGGGCAUAUCAUCAUGAAAAGAGUAAAUAUAUUAUUAGAUUGUAAAUAUGUGUCCUACACAUACAAUAAUUGUUUUUUAAGUCACAUUCUAUAAAUGAUUUUUAGAAUAUUGUGCUGUGCUGUUGAUUGCAUUAAACAUUUAAAAAUGUUCAUGUUU